AGAUGGCGACUCACAGGCCCGAGCAUGUUGCACCUCCGGAGAUAUUUUAUAAUGAAGAUGAAGCAAGAAAAUACACUUCUAAUUCUCGUAUGAUUGACAUUCAAGUUCAGAUGUCUGAAAGAGCUAUUGAACUUUUGGCACUUCCAGAUGAUCAGUCUUGUUUAAUUCUCGACCUUGGAUGUGGAUCUGGACUUAGUGGGCAAGCAUUAGAAGAGCAAGGACAUAGCUGGAUCGGUAUUGAUAUUAGUCAAGCCAUGCUUUCAAUUGCAAAGGAGCGCGAAGUAGAAGGAGAUGUUAUUUUGAGUGAUUUAGGAGAAGGGAUGUUUUUUCGUGCUGGAGUUUUUGAUGGUGCUAUUAGUAUUUCUGCUCUUCAGUGGCUGUGUAAUGCAGAUAAAAGGUCUCAUAAACCAGCAAAAAGACUGUACAACUUUUUUUCAACAUUAUAUGGUUGUUUAGCAAGGGGUAGCCGUGCAGUUUUUCAGUUUUAUCCAGAAAACAGUGAUCAAAUUGAACUUGUUACACAACAAGCAAUGAAAGCAGGGUUUGGUGGAGGUUUAGUUGUUGAUUAUCCAAACAGCUCUAAAGCUAAAAAAUUUUUUCUUGUUUUACUGACUGGUGGGCCUCAGAAACUUCCUGCUGCUCUUGGAACAGAGGAAUCUUCACAAGAUCAUAUAAAAUAUGUUAAAUCUCGAAUUCGAGGCAAAAUUCAUCGUGGAAAACCUCCUAAAAGCAACCGUGACUGGGUUUUAGAAAAGAAAGAACGGCGACGGCGGCAAGGAAAAGACGUUAAACCAGAUACUAAAUACACAGCUAGAAAAAGAAGUGGAAAGUUUUAACGUAUCAGAAGAUUUUGUAAAUAAAUAAUAAACAUUUUUGCUCA